AUGGAGAGGUCGCUUCGAACACAAAAUGAAUUUUUCACGGCUAAGCUACACGCGCAAAUGGAGGAACAGAUCAAAGCCAGUGAAAAACAUGCAGAAGAGCUCAGGAAGCAAAAUGAGUCCAUCCAGGCGCAACAGUUACAACUUCAACGACAACAACAGCAGCUCUCAUCUGCGCCGCCGUCAUCGUUGGUUCAACCACAACCAAUAAUCAUACCGUAUCUUCAGUCAAACUCAGCGGUUUCCCAGCAACCUACGAAUCCAGAUUCGUCCAUUAGGGAUGCGACUUUCCUUGUGCAAGGUACCGGCCCAGGGAGGCUUGUAGAAAAUGGCUACAACAACAGAACCCUGCACGAAACUGGUACACAGUCUGUAGAACUCGGCGAACUCAAUCUAAGAGACAAUGAGGGACAUCCGAAUAAGAGAGAUGAUGAGUUGUUGCUUCGGCUCGAUAAACUCGAAGAAUCUCUUGUCAAUGCAAAAAAGCAGAGCGAUGGUGUCCCAGAACACACAGAUCUGAGUAAAUCAUCUGCAGAGCAAUGUCAGUUCUCGAUUUAG